CGGGGGGGGGGGCGGCGGUGUCCGUGCCGGGGGGGGGCCAUGUCGUGUCGCGACAGUGUGCAGGUGCCUGACGACAGCGAUUUUGGGGCGUUCCGAGCCCAGUGCGAGUCGGAGAAGGGCUGGAGCCUGAGCUACAGCAAAGGGGGGGUCGCGGUCUGGGUGCAGCUCCCCGAGCCCAGCGCCGCCCCCCACAAGAUCAAGUGCAGGAUGGAGUGCCGGGAGGUGGCACCGGAGACCCUCUACGAUGUGCUCCACGACUGCCACUACCGCCCCAAGUGGGACCCCAACGUCAUUGAGACCUUCGACAUCGCCAGGCUGACUGCCAACGCCGACAUCGGCUACUACUCCUGGAGGUGUCCCAAGCCCCUGAAGAACAGAGAUGUCCUCACCCUGCGCUCCUGGCUGCCCAUGGGCAACGACUACAUCAUCAUGAACUACUCUGUCAAGCACCCGAGGUACCCCCCCCGGAAGGACAUGGUGCGGGCAGUGUCCAUCCAGACUGGGUACCUGAUCCAGGGCACCGGUGCCAACAGCUGCACCAUCACCUACCUGGCACAGGUGGACCCCAAAGGGUCCCUGCCCAAGUGGGUGGUGAACAAGUCCUGCCAGCUGCUGGCACCCAAGGCGCUGCGGAGGCUGUACAAGGGCUGCCUGCAGUACCCGGAGUGGAAGCGGCGGCACCAGCCGCACCUCAAGCCCUGGCUGUACCCCGAGCAGUGCCAGCUGCCGCCCGUGGCGCUGGCCGAGCUCAGCCUGCAGCACGCAGACUCCCUGGACAACAUCGACGAGAGCAACGUGGACGAGCCCCGGGAGGAGGCCAGCGACGAGGACAGCCUCAGCUGAGACCCCACCCCCCGACCCCCCCCAGCGUCCUCCCUGAGACCCCUCCCCGCCCCCACCUGCGCACCUCCGCUCAGGGCUUGCCUCUGCCCUUGGGUCCCACCUCCUCCGCUUCCAUCUCCUCUUCCUCCUCUAUCGCUUCCUCCCCCCCUUGCCCUCCCUCCAUCACCUACCCCCCCUCUGUCACCUCCAUGCCCAUCACCACCUACAGCAGCUCCUCCAUCACCUCCUUGCCCUCCCCCUCCAUCACCUCCAUGUCCAUCAUCACCUCCAUCACCUCCUUCCCCUCCAUCACCUCCUCUAUCUUCUCCUCCUCCCCCUCCCUCACCUCCAUGUCCAUCAUCACCUCCAUCACCUCCUUCCCCUCCAUCACCUCCUCCCCCACCUCCUCCCCCUCUAUCAGCUUCUUCAUCACCUCCUCCCCUUCUACCACCUCCUCUAUCACCUCCCCCUCCAUCACC